AAUUAAGGACAAUACAAAAACUUUUUCCCAUUAUUUAAAAUUUUUUUAGUUGUCAUGUGUGAAGUCUGGAAAUUCCAGAGAGAUUGAUAACUCAAGUGGGUCAACUGCCAUGACCUGGUAUUCUGUUACUGAUAAGAAGCUGGUUAGAUUUGCAUAAAAGGCCGCAAUUUCAAUAGAUUUUCAAUAUAUUUACAAUGAAGUCGGCACUGUGUGCACUCUUCUCAAUUCUGAUAGCUGCUUCAGCGACACCGGAUCACGACAUAAUUAUCGGAGGCAACUGUGUGGAAUGUGUGACAAAUCGUCCCGCCGUGGAAUAUAUAAGUGGAAACCAAGGAAAUGACCGUAGUAGACCUCAACAAGGAUAUGACCAUGCUAGACCUGGUCUAGGAUAUGACCGUACCAGACCUCAACAAGGAUAUGACAAUUAUAGACCUCAACAAGGAUAUAACCGUACCAGACCUCAACAAGGAUAUGACAAUUCUAGACCUCAACAAGGAUAUGUCAACUAUGAGCAAAGCCAAGCUCAACCAGUAUAUGGCAAUAACUACAAUGACCCACAGAACACACUUCGACCAGGCUAUAAUAAUGAUAACUAUAAUACAGCAGCGACGGGACAAACCUACAAUCCCAAUAACUGGCGUUCAUCCGGCCAAAAUAACUAUGGCAAUACUCAUUAUACCAAUCCACACUUCGGAGUUCAACGCGGAUAUAGCAACAACUACCUGAACACAGAAGGAAACUCCUAUAGCAACGCUGCUCAAUCAAACUAUGGAAAUACCUUCACCAGACUCAAUUUAAUUCAUCUAAUCUUAUUUAGCUUUGUUUUCAGAGUCUUAAAUAAUUUAAAAUAAAACUUAUUUUUCGAACAAA